CCGGGCGUAUCGCGCGUGAGUCCGUACUACGCCGCACGCCACGCGCUCGAACUGUAUGCAAUAACUUAGGACGACAAGUCGCGACUCGGCUCUAACUCUAACACUGGCGUGCUAGUGAACAGUGCAGUGUAGUGUAGUGUAGUGAGAUCAUAAUGUUUAUAUAAUGUUGGUUUUGUAUACAUUUUUUGAAGCUGAUGUGGGAGCGGCGUCAUGAUCGGGACCCUAGUGCUGAGUCUCCUCUGUGCCAGCCACGCGGCGGGUGCCGUGGAGCGACUGGCGCCGUGGUUCGUGGUGGAGGCGCCCCCUGUGGUGCAGUACGGGGUCGGCGAGGGGGUGCGGGUAACGUGCGUGGCGCGCGGGGACCCGCCCCCCGCCGUGACCUGGCUGGCGGAGGACGGCUCCGCGCUCGAGGACGUGCCCGGACUCAGACGCGUGUACGGCAACGGCACGCUGGAGCUGGCGGGCGGCGCCGCGCCGCGCCCCGCCACGCUGCGCCCCGCCACGCUGCGGUGCCGCGCCGCCAACGCGCACGGCGUUGCGCUCUCCAGGGAGACGACGCUGCGCCCAGUGGGUGCGUUGGGUGCGGUGGGUGCGGCCAGCUGGGAGGCCGUGCUGUGGGUGCGCGGCGCGGCGGCGGGCGGCGUGGCGGCGUUGACGUGCGGCGCCUCGCGCGACCCGCAGCUGGUGGAGCCCGCCGCGUGGUACCGCGGGGAGGAUAUCCUGCACGUGGACCCUCCCACUCCAGAGUCCCGGUACGUGGUCGCCGGGAGCAGCCUGCUAAUCCGCGCGGUGUCGCCGGCGGACGCGGGCCCCUACAGCUGUCUGGCGCGGCACUCGCUCAGCUCCGUCACCAGGCGCUCGCAGCCGGCCACGCUCACCGUCACAGCGAGCGCGGUCGGCGCGGCCCCGGGGCUCGUGUCCGCGAGCGAGCUGACCGCGCGCGCCGGCUCCGCGCUGUGCCUGCCCUGCGCCGCCGCCGACCACCCGCCGCCCACCUACUCGUGGUAUCGCGAGGUGGCGGGUCGGCUGCAGCCGGUGGAGUCGUCUCCGGAGGCGUGGUGGUGGGCGGGCGGCGCGGCGCUGUGCCUGCCCCGCGCGCGCCCCCAGCAGGCCGGCGCCUGGCUGUGCAAGGCGUACAACGUGUUCGGAGACGCCACCGCGCAGCUCAGGAUACACGUCACCGACACACUCACAGUCACCGUCGGCCCCUCGGUGCUGGUGGCGGAGACCGGCAGCACGGUGCGGCUGAACUGCUCGGCGUCGGACCCGGCGGCGCGGCUGGCGUGGCUGCACGACGGGGCGGCCGCGGGCGCCGGCGCCGCGCUGCUGCUGCGCUCCGUCAGCCGCUCGCACCGCGGCCUCUACCAGUGCUUCGCGCGACGACCUCACGACAGCGCACACGCUGAUCUAGAACUCAGGCUUGGAGACUCAGCGCCGGAGUUGCACUACACCUUCAUAGAGCAGGCGCUCCGGCCGGGGGGCAGCGUGUCCCUGCGCUGCGCUGCCUCGGGCUCCCCGGCGCCCAGGAUCUCGUGGCUGCUCGACGGACAGCCCCUGGAUCAGUUCGGAAACCAACACCGGUACUUCAUAAGCGAGGAGUCGUCGGCGGGCGGCGACGUGGCGUCUGCGCUGAACGUGAGCGCGGCGACGGCGGCGGCGGGCGGCCGCUACUCGUGCCGCGCGCACAACCGCCUCGGACGCGCCGAGCACUCCGCCAGGCUCAACAUCUACGGUCCUCCUUCGAUCCGCGCGCUGGGUCCGGUGCGGGUGGUGGCGGGCGACAACGUGACGCUGUACUGUCCCUAUGCCGGAUAUCCGAUCAGGUCUAUAGAGGUGCAUUCUAGGAUCAUUCCUCUUACACGCACCGAACGAGCGACUAGCGAGUCGCGCGGGCACCCCCGCUCCCUCGCCUACUCAAAUAUCGCUUUACUUCACCAAAAUUCAGUAACAUGGUGGGUGCGGGGGUCCGGCACGGCGGUGGGAGGCACGGGGCGGGUGUCGGCUCGGGGGGCAGCCUUGCGACUGUCGCCGGCGUUGCCUAGCGAUGCCGGACACUACGCCUGCGCAGUCGCCGCGCCGUCCGGUCCCGCGGCCCGCAGAGAUAUAGAGAUACAAGUUCGAAAUCCACCAAAGAUUUCGCCGUUCAUGUUUUCAUCGGAGCUGACGGAAGGCAGCUCUGUGCAAGUGCUGUGCGGAGUCUCCUCCGGGGACAAGCCCAUGUAUUUCUCUUGGUUCAAGGACGGGGCUCCUCUGCCGUCUAACUUGCAGAUAGAAGAAAAGAGUCUGAACGAGUUCUCCCUGCUGAUGUUCUCCGAGCUGACGUCUCGUCACAGCGGCGCCUACACGUGCCGCGUCUCCAACCACGCAGCCUCCGUCAACUACACUGCCACGCUCAGCGUCAAAGUGACGCCGAGCUGGGUGAAGGAGCCACAAGAGGCCGCAGUACUGCUCGGAGCCCCACUUCUUAUAGAGUGUGCUGCAAAAGGAUACCCCACACCUGACAUAGUUUGGUUCAGAAAAAUAGGUGAUGGAAUCUCAAUAGGAGAAAGCACUGAGCAGUGGGAACAAGUGAGAACCGUUGAAUGGAGCUCUAGUCCAGAGCUCGGCUUGCAAGCCAAUAACGGGACCUUAUCUGCCGGGACUGCUGCUAGAGCUCAUCAGGGCCUCUACCGGUGUCAAGCUGAUAAUGGAGUGGGUCCUCCCCUGGUCAAACACCUCAAUAUUACAGUUCACGAAGCAGCUCACUUGGAGGGUCCGGGCGGCAACGUGUCGUGCGUGCGCGGACAGAGCGCUACUCUCACCUGCGAUGCGUCAGGAGACGCUCCUCUGAGUGUCCACUGGUCACACCGAGGAGCCAAACUCGAUCUCAACUCUUUUAGGUGGUCCGUGAGUGAAGCGCGGACGGCAGGCGGUCUGAAAUCAUCGCUUCAGUUGAGAGCUGCAGAGAAACUGGACGCUGGAGAGUACCGGUGCCACGCUCGCAAUCAGUUCGGGAGCAGUGAACUAUUGAUGUACCUGCAUGUUGAAGAGCCCCCGGCGGCGCCGCGGUCGGUCCGCCUCUGCGCGCUGGGCUCACGCUGGGCCCGCGUGUGCUGGCGCGCGGCCCCCGCGCUGCACCACGCCGCGCUCACCGCCCCCCGCGCGGACACCGCCCCCGAGCCGCACCAGCCGCAGACACUACUUAAUCUCACCGUCGAAACUACCGAUGACAGAGCUGACGCCACCGGUUCCCGAGCGUACGCAGCACGGCUGGCCGACCUGAGGCCCGCGGUGCCUUAUACAGUACGUCUCGUCGCGUCCAACCACGUUGGCCAGUCACCACAGUCUGAUCCUUUACUCUUCACUACUCUCGAUGAAGCUCCAUCAGCAGCUCCGCUAAUGGUCCGCGUGCGGCCGGCCGGUCCGGGCGAACUACACGUUUCUUGGUCGGCGCCGUCUCCAGUGAGCUGGAACGGGCAGCUGAUCGGUCAUGUGGUGUCGUGGCGGGAAGUGGGAGGCAGCUCGGAGGGUCGCAUGGCGGCUCGCGGGUGGAGCGCCGCCGCACUCACGGUCGUGGCUCUGCGGAGCGGGGCGCGGUACGCGGUUACUGUCCGCUCGUACAACCGUGCGGGCGCGGGGCCGCACUCGCCCGUCGUGCACGGCGCCACGCCGGCUGGCGCACCCGAAGAGUCUCCACAAUCCGUAUCAUGUAUCGGAGUGUCACCUCGUGCACUGCGAGUCCGCUGGGCCCCAGUCCCUCACGCGGCGCCGUUGUUGGGUUACGAUCUACAUCUCGCGACGAUACAACAAAAACACAGCUGGAGUGUGGCGGAGUGGCAGGAGGUGCGAGCGGGGGGCGGGGGCGAGGCGCGGGUGGCGGGGCUGCGCGCGGCCACCAACUACUCGGUGUGGGUGCGCGCCCGCUCGGACCUCGGGCUGGGGCCGCCAGCUCCUCCCGUCUACUGCUCCACGCUCGAUGACGUGGCGGGCGCGGUGGGCGCGGUGCGGGCGGUGGCCGCGGGGGGCGACACUGUGCGCGCGUCCUGGCUGCCCCCCGCCGGGCCCGUCACACAUUAUACGCUUUACACCAGGGAGCUCGGCAAGGUAGGCGGAGAGUGGUCGCAACGUGUGGAGGCUGAAGAGGGAGAAGAGGAAAUGUGGCGGGACGUGCGGGGGCUGAGGGCACGCGCCGUGUACGAGCUGUGGGUCCGCGCGGCCACCCCCGCCGGCGUAGGCCCCCCGUCCGUCACUGUCACCGCCGCGCCUGUUGCAACAGCUCCGGCGCGUAUUUCUUCACUAAGUCGAGCGGUGUCGGUGGUGGAGGGCGCUGAUGCGAGGCUGCGAUGUGCAGCAGUAGGGGAGCCCCCGCUCCGCCGAAGGUGGUCGCCACUACCUCCAAGACAUGUGGUCUCAGACGCCGGGGAUCUCAUCAUACAUGGUGUCGACGCGUCGCUGAGCGGUAACUACACGUGUCGCGUGCGGAACGCGGCCGGGUCGGACGCGGUGUCGUACCUAGUGCGCGUGCACCGACCGCCCUCUGCCCCGCUCCUGCGACUGGCUCGCGCGGACCUGUACGCGCUGCACCUCACUUGGGAACAUCCUGUGCCGGACCCUGAUCUGCCACUUAUUAGCUACAGCAUAUGGUGGUCGUUGAGCGAGGAGCCAGCGGAGACAGCGGAGACAGCACAGUGGGCGUCCGUUCCGGCGAGCGACUCGUCGUACACGGCGCGCGGGCUGCGGUGCGGCGCCGCGUACAGCGUGCGGCUGCGGGCGCACAGCGCGGCGGGCGCCUCGCCCCCCUCGCGCCCGCUGCUCGCCAGGACCGCGGGGGACAAGGUGAGUCCCGCGGCCGGCGCAGAGUCGGUGUGGGCGAACAGCUCGGCGCUGCGGGUGAGCGUGCUCGGCUGGAGCUCACUCUGUGCGGUGCGCCUCUGGAGGCUUGCGCUGCGCCCCGCCGGCGCCGACCUCUGGACUCGCAUGCCUACCGACGGAGAAUACGCAGAGGCUACGAAUCUUCGUCCCGGGACUUGGUAUGAGAUCAGAGUGGUGGCGAGCUCAUCCGCCGGUGAGAGCAUAGCCCUGUAUCGAGCUGCAACCCUGACAAUUAAUGGAGAACGAUUAGGAGAAGUUGUGGAGCUACCAGUAGAAGAGCGUCGUGCGUCAGCAGAGGGUGCGGGGGGCGAAGGGGUGCACUCGGCCGGGGAGGGAGGUGGCUGGCGCGCGCUGCUGGUGCCCGCACUGCUCGGUGGGGGGCUCGCUGUACUCCUUGCUGGAUUGGGAGGUUUGGUGCUCGUCCGUCGGCGCCGGCCCCCGUGCUGUCUCCGCGGCGGGUGCUCCCUGCAGGCGACGCGACCGCAGCCUCCGCUCUACACCACCGAGCCCAAGAGAAACGAGAAAGUUCUCACUCUUCCGGAUGGUCAACUGCACGAGAUAAGUCCAUAUGCAACAUUCAGUAUGUCAGGAGAACAGGCACUGAUGGGGGGUGCGGGCGCGGGGGGGUGCGCUCUGCACCUGCGCAGCUUCGGGCGCGCCGAGUUCGACCUGGCUGCGCCUCCGCCCCGACCCAACUUGUUAGCGCACGCUAACGAGUACGGGCGGGCCCGCGACCACCGCGACACCGAGUCGGAGUCGAGCGGCUCCCCGUGCGCCGCCUGCGCCGCCGACCUCUACCGGCUGCCGGCUCCCAGUCUCUCCGACACGCUGCCAGCUGUGGAGUCCAGUGCAGAGGAGACGUCGUACAGUACGGGGGCCCGCGGGGGCGGCGCGGCGCGGGGGGAGAGCGCCCCCCGGCCGGCUCCACGCUCGCGACGUCGCCGGGAACACACCAGACAUUCCUCUGGACCUACUGUGAGAUACUUCUCUUCGAAGUCACUGCAAGACCGACAACGUAUUGUGUGAAUGUUCAAUUAUCAUAAUUUUAAUGUUUAGAUCUUAGGUAUCAUUGGAUCUGUAAAUAGAGUGACAUUUGCAUGGACCUAGUCGUUUCUAGAUUCGACUGGAUUCUUUCUAUUCAAAUUUAUUAAAAAUAUUGAGUUUCUA